AUACAAAGCAAAUUACUAUGGCUAGAAUCGCAAGAAACAUUGUCAAGUCCGUCCUUUCCCGUGAACAAAUGGAUGGUGAAGGUGCAAGAGUGUAUCGAAGCAUCGGUAGUCAUGCGCUCCGUAACCUGGACCCUUUUUUGAUGCUUGAUGAAUUCGAUGUCAAGGCUCCCGGCGGUUUCCCCGAUCAUCCUCAUCGUGGUUUUGAGACAGUGACAUAUAUGUUGGAAGGAGAGUUUUUGCAUGAAGACUUCAAAGGACACAAAGGCCACCUCGGUCCCGGUGACCUUCAGUGGAUGUCUGCAGCCAAGGGUAUUGUCCAUGCUGAGAUUCCUGCUACCAAUGGUCGGGCUCAUGGUCUGCAACUGUGGGUGAAUCUUGCCGCUAAGGAUAAAAUGUCUGAACCAAAUUACCAAGAGUUCCCAAAGGAGAAGGUGGUCCAUGUCUCUCCCGAGCCCGGUGUAAACGUCAACGUCAUUGCGGGAGAGUCCCACGGUGCCCACAGUCCAGUGAUGACACGUACACCCACCAUGUUUAUCGAUGUGAAGAUGAUGAAAGGAAAGACAUUCGAACAGCAAAUCCCAACCGAUUAUGCAGGAUUUAUCUACACAAUUUCUGGCUCCGCAAAAUUUGGUGGUAGCAAACACGCCUCUGAGGCACACCAUACUUUGGUACUGAGUGAAAACCAAGGCGACCAUAUCCCCGUCGAAUCCCUUUCGGAUGACUGUCACUUUGUCAUUAUUGCCGGAAAACCUAUCAGAGAACCCAUCGUUCAAUAUGGCCCCUUUGUCAUGAACACACAGCAAGAAAUCUACCAGGCUUUCGCCGAUUAUGACCGUGGACGUAAUGGAUUCGAAGGGGCUCGCGACUGGCAGUCUUCCAUUAGAAACAAAUGGCACUAA